CGCCCAUCCCCAUAAAUAAUCCCGGCUCGGCUCGUCCCGGAUCCUGCCCGGCCCGGCCCUGGCUCAGGAAUGGCUCCCCAUGGACCCGGAGCCUUCGGCUCCAUCCCCCUCCUCCUCCUUCUCCUCCUGACCCCGGCGCGGGCUCAGGGCACCGGGAACGGCAGCCAGGAACUUCCCGAGGAGGACGAGUCGCGCAUCAUCGGGGGCCGGCCGUGCUCGGUGGCCCAGCGCCCCUUCCAGGUGGCCCUGACCAAGCGGGGACAGAUCCUGUGCGGGGGGAGCCUGGUGGGGGCCAGGUGGGUCCUGACGGCCGCGCACUGCAGACAGCCGCUCAGGGAUCUGCAGGUGCUGAUCGGGACCAACACGCUGCGGGCAGGUACGGGCCAGGUGCGCCGCGUCUCGCGCCUCCAGGUGCACCCCGGCUACGACCCGCGGCGCAACGACAACGACUUCAUGCUGCUGCACCUGGACGCACCUGUGCGCUUCGGGCCGCGCGUCAAGAAAAUCCGCGUGGCCACCAGGUGUCCCCGCGCCGGCCAGAACUGCAGCGUGUCCGGCUGGGGCACCACCAAGUCACCUGGAGCCAAGCUCCCGCGGGACCUGCAGUGUGCCCAGGUGCAGACCAUCGGCCCCGAGCAGUGCGCCCGCGCCUACGGCAGCGCCGUCACCCGCAACAUGUUCUGCGCAGGUGUGCCCCAGGGCGGCGUCGACUCCUGCCAGGGUGACUCCGGGGGCCCGUUGGUGUGCGGGGGUUUCCUGCAGGGCGUCGUGUCCUGGGGCAUGGCCGUGUGCGGCCAGCGCGGACACCCGGGGGUGUACAGCAACGUCUGCCGGGCCAGCGGCUGGAUACGGCGGGUCAUCAGGGAGUGACCGACUGACCAACUGACCAGUGACCCACAGUGACUGACAGUGACCAACU